UCGAUAUUAUACCGUUAUUUUAUUUAAACAAACCUACUGAGUACUGGCUACUAGUUGUGUAGCCAAUUAACGCGAUUUGAAAACUUAAUUUGAACUUUUAAACUAUUUAGAAUUUUUAUUUACCAUGUUACUGAGUGUAGUGGUACUUUCAGUGUAAACUAUUAUAAUUAUUUAUUUUGUGUAAUAUAACAUGCUAAAAUGUCAUUUAACAAGUGUCGAUUGUGUCUCAAAAUUGGGGAUUUUUGUUCUAUAUACGAAAAGGAUGAUUCUAUCAGGUUAUCGGAUAUGGUGAUGUCUUUUACUAGUGUAAAGAUAUCAGAGGGUGAUGGAUUGCCUGAUAAAGUGUGCACAACUUGCAUCGAGAACUUAAGCACUGCAUACUUGUUCAAACAGCAAUGCGAAAGGAUUGAUGUAUUAUUACGGAAAUUUCCUGAAAUUGACAAGCCCGCUGCUACAGACUACAAUAUCUGUGAUCAAGAAUUUUAUUUACAUUCCGAAUAUGCUUCCAUUCAGGAGGAUAAUGAUGAAAAUAUUGUUAAGGAUUCAUCACAAAAUUCACAAGGCAGUACAUACUAUGAUAUUAGUGAUGAAACAGAUAGUGAUAUUGACUCUAUUAAAUGUCUUUACUGCAGCGAAUCCUAUAGUAAUAAAGGAGCUCACAGAUGCCAUGUUACUUGUACAAUAGAAAACAAUAAUUUACAAAGAUCUAGUAGCAAUGAGACUUUAGUUGCUUCUGAUAUUAGAAAGCCUGACUUAAACACAUCGGUAGAUAACACACAACUCACAUAUCAUAGUAUACCUGAGUACAUUAGAGUCUCAUGUGUUUUAUGUGAUGAAAUGUAUGAUCAGUUUGAUGAAUAUGUUGUACAUUUGAAUAGAUGUACAACUAACGUCAAACUACAUCAUUUUGUGUGCCCGGUGUGCCAUGAAAUGUUCGCUGAUAAAUUGAAGUAUUUAGAGCAUCUCAAAGUUGUACACUUUAAAGUAGAAGAUUCUUUAAGUGAUCCAGGUAUUGAUUGUGUUGACUUUGCGCCUAUGAUUGAAAAAAUACGAAAACCGAAAGCGAUUAGACGUCAAAUCGGUUGGUCUAUUGAAGAUAUUUAUCAGGAAAUUGAGUGUAAGAAGAUCGAAGACAAGCCCACAAUAACAGCAAGCCCUAUUAAAAAUUUCUUCUCUAAGCUCGGGAAUGAAUCUUUUAGCCGACAAAGUACUCCAAAAAAAGUGAGCUUUAAGAAAUUUAUAGAAAAUGGUAAAGCAAAGACUGCCGUUUACUUGCCAUUUAAAAAAUAUAUACAGAAUUAUAAGCUCAAGAAGAAAGGCUCUGAUUAUAGUCCCAUAAAUUCAAAAAUGGAGGUUACAAGCCGUAUUCAAGCCACAAUUCCAGAAGUGAUUUCAGAUAGUGACUAUGGCUCUCCUAGUGGAACUUCAGAAGACUCCUGGAAGAUGAAGCAAACCUUGAUUUGUGCAUGUGAUAAGAAAAUCUUCAUGCUAUCAGAAUCUAUACAUGAUCGGGACAGAAUUACAGCCAUGAUAAAUGAGCUUGGUGGUGUGGUAGCUGAAAACACCAAAAUGGAAAUGUUGGCAACACACUUCAUAUCAGUGAUGCCAAAUGAUACCUUCUCCGGCAUGAUGGUAUGCUCACUGGCAACUGGCAAGUGGUUGUUGCAUAUCAGCUUCAUAUAUGACAGUUUCCGAUGUAAAAAGUACUUACAGGAAAGUAUGUACGAAUGGAUUAAACACCCGAAGAUUAUGGAAAUAGACAACACAAGCGUAGAGGUUGCGAAGGCCGCCAUCUUCUGGCAUCGGGAGUUGCAGGAGAAACACUCGAGAUUCCCGUUCGAAGGGAAACAGAUUGUGCUCAUUAUGAAGAAGAAAUACAGGCAGUAUUAUCAAAUGAUAUUCAAAACAUUGAAGGCGAAACCGAUCACUUACGAUCCGAGAACGCCAGGAAGUUGCUGCUCGGCCGAUUACUGUUUCGUCGACAUGAAAAUCAUAGAGCGAGUGAAGCUUCGAUUUUUCUUCCACCACAACGUUCCCGUGUUUCCCUACCAGUACAUACUCAUCUAUCUGCUGAAGAGGGGGAACGUCGACGACCAACACAAGUAUCUGCUGCAGGACUGUGGCAAGAUCAAUGAUAAAGAUUAUUUUUUAAACAAUACUUGUUAAGUGAGGCCAUAUUAUGUUUAAGUACUAGUGGGGCCAGGCAUAAAUCACGUCACACGGUAAGGAAGGGGACGACGUAAAGUGAUAGUGUGUGACAAGGGUGUGGGGAGAGGACCAAAAUUUUGUGACGUCACAUUUUUUCAAUAUUAAUAUCUUAUAUCUAAAGCCGGGUCUGCUGACCCAAUUUUUUGACAAAACAUGUUAGCAAAACAGUCUGACCGCUGCACUUGUUUCUGUGUACGUUUUUGGUUCAUUUCAAAAAUGAGUUCCGACGAAGUACAUCCAGCUCUUUGUAUAUAUUUUUAUGAUCUAACAAUGUAACAUCCCCAAGAACCGGUCUUUCUGUUAUCAGUUGUAUAAAAAACGAAGUAUUUUUUUUCACAUCGCAAACAAACCAAAUAGAAUUAUCGCUAGCUACUUGCGAAUGAUAGCUACGUCUUCAUUUAGUGAACGGUAACAAAUAAUGUUUAAUUUCCCUGUGGUGAUGUUAUCUAUUUCUCGCGGUAAACAUGUUAAGAUGUUUUAUUUAACAAAACUGUUAAACCACAUCCCUAAUCUGUUUAUAAAACAUGUUUUUGUGUUGACAAACACGAAAACUCGGCGCAGCAGACGCGGCUGAAGUAUUAGAACACAAAAUUUAAAUUGCAUAUUUACCAAACUUCCAAAUUUAAUUAUAUAUAUAUAUUUUUUAUACUUUGCUAAUUUUCAUGCCUUUUUCUUGAUUUAAUGUUGAUAUUAUUGAAAAAGAAUUUAAAUCUAAUAUAUAAAAUUCUCGUGUCAUGGUGUUAAACAUUGAACUCCUCCGAAACGGCUUGACCCCGAUUCUCAUGAAAUUUUGAGUGCAUAUUGGGUAGGUCUGGUCAAGGGUGGUCCACACACAGAUUUUAAUAUCGGCAAUACAACGUUUGCUGGGUCAGCAAGUGGAAAUAUAAUAAAAUUCGUAACUGUUUAAACUGUUUGUUUAAACAUAAAUUUCUAAAUGUUACGAAAUAUGUGGUAUCUCACUAGGGUCUCACAAUAAUUAUUGUGACCAGCUAUGACAGACCGGGGAGGUGUCAUAAUAUCAUGAAAUUCGUGUGAUGUUAUUUAUGGCCCCUUAAGGAAAAUUUUUAUAUGUUAAAAUUAUAUUGGAAUUUACUUAUAUCUUGUUUAAAAUUCUUGUUAAUUUGAGAUAGUUUAUUUGGACUGAAUAAAUUAAAUAUAAAUUCUUUAUAGU